CGUGGUCACGUGACUUCCGCUCUCGGAGCAGACAUUACGGCAGCGCGGCGGCGGAGCGGAGCAGGGACGGAGAGACGACGCUGUGUGACCAGCUGUUCAUCGACCAGCACACGGUGAAUUCAGGAAGGAUCCUUUAACACAAUGACUUCACACAGCGGGAUGAGGAGCGCAUGAUGCAUCUGGAUCGUUCUUCUCUUGGCCCCCCAGGCUCACCGAUGCCUCAGAGUCCGUCCAGCUCCUCUGCUUCUGACUCCGGAAGUUCAGACGGCAACGUCCCCCCCUCUCCUGCCACCACGCCAAAUCUGGACAGUCAGUCGGACUCUUCCUCCUCACCCCCCUCUGUCCCAGAAACUCGUGAUGGGUUGAGGUAUCGAGGAGGCGCCCCCCCUCACGAUUCCCAGAGCACCUCCGGUGUCCCUCCGUGCCCGGGUGCAGCCCAGGUCCCUUUGCAAGGCGACCUCCCUGCCGACGUGGCCCCUAACCCCCUGUACGCGCCCGUGCACAUGUUGUGGUGGCAGCAGAUGUAUGCACGGCAUUACUACCUGCAGUAUCAGGCUGCAGUGGCUGCCUCUCAGCCUCCCCUCCCUUCUCCUCCCACCUCCGCCCCCUCCUCACCCCGCCCACCUGCUCCACCUGACGAAGAUGUUCAACCUCCGCUCGGCCCCAACCCGGCCCAGAACCCUUUACAAGAGAACGAGCCGGCCAACCCGGUCCAGAUGAACGCUCAGGGCGGGCCGGUUCUGAACGACGACGACCUGAACCACGACUGGCUGGACUGGCUGUACGCCGUGUCGCGGGCCGGCGUCCUGCUCAGCAUCGUCUACUUCUACUCCUCCUUCAGCCGCUUCGCCUUGGUGCUGGGAGCCGUGCUGCUCGCUUACCUGCACCAGGCUCGCUGGUUUCCCUUCAGACCGCAGCGGCAGAACCUCCAAGGAGCAGAACGGGCCGGCGCUGCUCAGAAUGAAGCGCAGAGGCAGCAGGACAUGCAGGACAUGGAACGCAUGAUGGACGAAGGGAUGGAGGAUGAUGACAGCAGUGAGGAAGGUGUUGGAGGUCCAGGAGACCAGGUCCAGGCUGCUGCUGCUCUCCAGGAGCCCAGCUUCCUCACCAUGGCGUGGGCCUUCAUCAGCACCUUCUUCACCUCGCUCAUCCCCGAGGGACGACCACACCCGGCCAACUAGAGCUAGAACUCUGCCUCGUGCGGCUCGUCCUCCUGCCAGCAGAUCUAACAGUUUCCCACCUUCACUUGGAAAAACAUCAUCUGUGCAGCUGCAGAGCGUCGAUGUGGGCGUGUGAGAAUAAAAACAGAAAUGUUGCGCAAGUGCUUCGAUGGUGAACAUUGACAUUUUUCUUUGUCGUGUUUUCGUGGGGACGAGGCGAUGACAAGUGUCAGCGAACGAAGCACCUCAAGCUGUGAUGACGUCAUGCUGUUGAACUUUUAUCAAGGAAAGAAAAAAUAUGUUUCCCUCAUUUGAAAAGGAGUUGUGUGUCCUUAACAAACCACAACAAAAUUCUCCUUCAAGACAUUUUCAUUGUGUAGAAGUACGUGCACUUUGUGUACCGUCCACCUACACAUGAAAUAUGCAUCUUUAAUUCUUGAAUACAUACUUCUGGAAGAAAGUGAUCUGUGCUGCACUAUUCUGGUUGACUUUUGUAUUUUACUCUGCUUUUCUAUUGAUGUCCUGAAGGUGGCAGCACACACGCGCACGGGUUUAGGUGAACUAGAGGGACGCUUUUUUCAAACCAGUUUUUGCAACACUAAACAGACACCUCUUUCCACUUAUGCUAGAAAGAUGUAGUAAAUCUUCCAAAAUUCUGUUUGAGCUCUACAACCCAAAUCUCACUUCAAAUUUUAAAUAAACUCAUCAGAACUCAAACUACAAGAACCUGACACAAUGCUGUAUUAAGAGGACAAACGAUAAUGAGGUACUUGGCUCCGCCCAUGACACAAACGGUAAUUGUCAGGGCCGACUUUAUUUGUCAGGUCCAUGGCCACGCACGUACACAAACAUGAAUUUUCUGUGUAUUAAAAAGGCCAAACAUGGAUAAAUCGAAUAAAGUUGUCCCUCGCUACUUCGCAGUUCAUUUUUUGCGAACUCGAUGGGACAUGACAAACAACUGGCUGAUCGAUGGAUGGAAUUUUUAUUUAAAAUGAAUUAUUUUAAAUUAUUUAGCACUUGCUGCACCUGUGUACAGC